AUGGCGGCGCCCGCCGCGACCUUUCGCUGCUUGCGGCCGCUGUGUCGCUCGCUGCGGUCCCGCCCGGUGGCGGCUGCUGUCCGGCCUUAUGGCGUGCGGGUCUCCGCUACCGGCGAGUUGGUGACGCAUACGGGGCAGGUAUAUGAAGAAAAGGAUUAUAGAAGAGUUAGAUUUGCUGGACGACAAAAGGAGGUGAACAAGAAUUUUGCCAUUGAUUUGAUAGCAGAGCAGCCUGUGAGUGAAGUUGAAAGCAGAGUGGUAUCAUGCGAUGGUGGUGGUGGAGCUUUGGGACAUCCUAAAGUAUACAUAAACUUGGACAAAGAUACAAAGACCGGAACGUGUGGCUACUGUGGACUUCAGUUUAAACAGAAACAUCACUGAAAGGUUAUUCCUGUGUGCUUGCAGAUUACUCUUCAGAUGUUAAUGUUUAACUAUAAAUAAAGAAUAUAUUUGGAAACCCAA